GCCGAUAUUCCACGACCCCAUCCACCUCCUCUCUCGCUCACCCCUACUCGCCACCAUGCGCUCCUACUCCUUCCCUCGAACAGCUGAGUAUCAAAACAAAUGAGCGAGACAGCCGGUCACCGCUCCCUCUCGCCGCGCCGGCCGGCCGGUGUCGGCGGCCGCGACUCGCGCUGCACGCUCGCCAGUUCUCAUCCGAAUCGCGCUCAUUGAGGUCGUUCACUGUGAGCUCACGUGCGAAGUUAACUAUCGCGAAAGGAUUCUCCUUUGUCCCGAUUGAGGACCCGCCCUCGUAUUAUGUUUCCGCGCCAGAUCCGCAACCAGCCCCGGCCAAUCAAAGAGCCGGAACUGCAGCGCGAAUCGCGUCGAAAUUGUCACUUUCUGAAGUUCUGCGACGGCUACCCCGCGAAACGCGUACGCCGGGCGAUUUGAAGCCGUCGAGUGAUCUCGUGUGUCGAACGUCAGUGGUGACCUGUGUAGAGUGGACUGAAGGAACGAUGUCUACGGGGAAAAGGCUGGCGAAGCGGUCCAUAAUAGGGACCCGUGUCGCCGCGUUGGGGGAGGACGGACUAUACUAUUCCGGAAUGAUUCAGGCGGUGAAGACGCCGGCGCCGUUCCCGGAAAACAACAAUUGCAUCAACCUGACACCGAAUACUCGGUACACGGUGCGGUUCGACGGUGGGAAGAUGACGCGGGAAUACCGGGACGCCGAGUUGAUCGGGCCCGGGUUCCGCGGGAUGACGGGCGUGCGCCUGCAGCCGGGGCAGCGCGUGUACCUCACCUACAAUGGGCGCGAGGUGCGCGCCGACGUGCAGACCCACGACCACAUCUCCGACGAGAUGCGCGUGCUCGUGCACGCCCCCGGCGCAGAGGCGCCAAUAGAACUGAAAAAGAAGCUAGAUGAGAUAAGACUGCUGGAGUCGCGCAAGUCUGCCAGGCUGGCUGAUGUCGACACGGACUUCGCCCGGCUCGCUGACAUGGCAGGCGACCGCCGCCGCGCCUCUGCCACAAUAGAAGUGCCUGCACACCAUAUGCAAGGGUCACGUAAACGCGGCCCUAGCAGUUCCUGUGACCUGGGCUACGGUGAAAGGGACGAUCAGAUGAACGAGUGCAACGCAGCCUUGGUCCUGAUGUCCCUCAGCUGCUCGCCCAACUCGCCGAGGCCCAGCGCCUGGGGCGGCAGGUCAUCAGUGUCGCCCGGGGCCAGCAGCAGCUCGGGGUCAUCCUGGCGCUCCGGCACUCCAUCACCGCCUCCUGUCUCCUCAUCCUUCAGCGACGAGGGCAUUGCCAUGGACUACGAAGAAGUACAUCCCCGCAAAAAGAGAAUUAACAGCGUUGUUUAUGAGUGCGUGUGGCGAGGUUGCGGAUACAAUACCAACACAUGCAACGCGAUUGAAGCUCACAUACGACAAUCCCAUCUGGGGCCCAAAAAGGAGGGUGAGAGUGACCACGAGGAGGAGUUCUAUUACACCGAGCACGAAGUGGCGACCCCCGCGCCGCCGCCUACGCUGUCCCACCGAGACAUGUGCCGGCCCCCGCAUGAGGACCCGGAGUACCAGCGACAGCUCGUCGGGUCCUACAGGCAAGGGCUACUCUCAACCAUGCAGAAUGGGUCGGCGAGGCCUAUAAGCAUUCCCGUAUCGCAUUCCUGGUCCAAUUCACACUCGCCGAAACACAUGAGGCUAUCAGGCGCCAGCGGAUCUCCAGGGAGUCCCGGACGGCGGCCUCGCUCUGACAACAAGAAAUGCCGCAAAGUGUACGGUAUGGACCAACGUGACCUCUGGUGUACGCAGUGCAAAUGGAAGAAGGCGUGCACUCGCUUCGGCGACUAGCGCACACGCCGCGCGGCGCCUGGCACGCGCCUCACGCUACUCAAAAACCAACCAUAAAACCUGAACCUUAGGACCUGAACUAUUUUAUAGACAAUUCGCGAGUGCAACUACAGCAAAUCGUGAUCUCUAAGAAGCUUAUAUUAAGAAAUGUUUUUAUUUAAUAUUAAUAAAGAAAAGAGAAAAUUAAUAUAAUACACUUAUAUCGGAUAAUGAAUCGCGAAGGAGACAUAUUUUUUUGCUCUUCAAAUGUUGCUCGUAUUUUAACUGCAUAAUAUGGACAUUGCCCACGUAUUUUUGUAGCGCAGUAGAAAUUUGCCUUUACUGUGACGUGCAUGCGAAUACGCAUGUCGCUCUCGGCUGCAGACUGUGAAUAUUAGCUGUAAGGUAUAUUUUAAGUUUAGACUGAGACGGGGCAGUGUGGGGCAAUCACCGAGCCGGGACACGAUUACCUACUGAAUGGAUUCAUGAUUGUUAAUAAUGGUGCAUAACAAACACCGUUUAACACCCUACAUCACACAUUUUUAAUUAUGUGAUUUAUCAGAAAAAAAUAUAGAACAAACUAUCAAUGCUUGAUUUCCCUGAUAUGAAUUGCAACUAUUGAUUUAACUGCAACAGAUGCAUUCGCUCUGAAACAACUCCUAUAAUCAUGAUGAAAAUGGUGCCAACAAGGUUUAUGCUGCUCUUGGCUUUUCAACGCUUCCAGUAGUGAAAUCGUUACAUACAUUAAUAAAGUCAGUGAAUUCCGUCCACAUUUUCGAAUGUGCUUUAGAAAGUACCUAGUUGCGUAGAUGGCACGUCGAUGUUUUCACACUGCUCACGACUGAACGCGUGCGCAAUGCAUUCUAUAACGUGCAUUGCUAACUCGCUCGGUUCAUAUUAUACUCGACUCGGUAUAAUAUUUCCAGUCGAAAAUCCUUCGGUGAUAUUAAUCACUAAAUUAUAAUGAAAUGUAUAUUGACUGAAUUACUAGAUAAUAAUGAAACAAAACUACUUUAUAUGAAUUAGUCUCGUAAGCUAUCUCAGAUUCGACGAAAAGACUACAAAUCAUGUUUUAGACUUAAAAUUUUUAUGAACAUAUCUAUGUGGUAUACAUUGGUGGUCUUGUAACAAAGAGACAAUACUCAGCGUCGCUCGCGUAGCAUUGGUCUUUGCGAUGGAAGUCCCGGUACUAUUCAAAGUACCGCGGAUAAAAUGAAUGUGUGAUAACUGCGACACGGAUUAAUACGUAACGCACACUGAUACAAGUGCUUUAUUUAGCUAAACAGACAAAGGUGAUUCUUAAUUGCUAUCUACAAUUAUCACACCUUUUAACAUCUCUAUCGAAAGAGCAUUAUUGUCCCUAUGAUAAUGUUAAUAAGGAAUCGCAUCGUCGUUGAUAAAACGCUAUAAAAACUUCUGCAUUUAACGACGACUUGCCUUACCUUUUUCAUGAUACUUUUGUUUAGUAUUUCCUGUCGCAGCCAUCUCGACUCCAUGGCCACUAAGUUUUAAUGAUUGGAAAUGGAUAUUGACGGAAACAUCACUGGAAUGACUAAUGGGGAAAUGGAAACAUCACGACAUGCGUGCUAUGAUUCUGCGUGUUCAUCGAACGCCGUGGACUGGCGAUCAACAUUCUAUUUAAUCGAACAACAUUUAAAGCUAACUUUAGAUUGUUUAAAUAACCAAUAAAUUAUAAACAGACAGGUAACAAUCCUGUCAAUCCCAUACAAUAAAUCAAAUAAUUGUAAAACAAUAAGCUAGGUGUAUUUUUAUAAUUUAUUGCUUCUUUUUACACACUUUAGCUUUCGAUCGAGUAAAAUGAUUGUCACUUGUCUUCGGUUCCAGGAGGGGGAUUCGGACUGUACGUUGCAGAAGUUUCAGAAACUUCUUUUCAAGUCCUAUACCGCCUAUUGUCCAUAAAGUUCUAAAAUAUUUUUUCUCCUCCUAAACAUUUUAAUGUGACGCGGAUAUAUGUAAAAGAGGUAUGAAUAUGAACAGCACAUAAGUACGAGCAAAUGAAAUGAAGCCGAUGCGAGCUGCAAUAUUAUUUAUAAGCAUAAGAAGACGUUCAAAUUUGUAAAUAUUAAUUAUACAUAUGAUGAAUUAUGAAAUAUUAUACUUUAUAUAUAUAAAGAUAUAGGUAUAUAUUAUAAUAUUAUAAAGAAUAAAGCAAUGUUUGGGAAUGUGUACAUAAAUAUAAUAUUACUUAAAUAGUAUUUGUUACUUAAAUUAAUGUGAUCGUUAAAUCGUAUAUUUGUGCGGUUACAUAGUAACGUGUUUCGUUAUUAAUUUAGCUUUUGUUUACGUAAUUUUAUAUAGCGCUAGCAUUGAAACCCCGGUGCGGCCCUCCGGAUCCCUUUGCAGUUACCAAGGUUCGUUAUAUUACUUAGUUUUUUUUAUGUGAUAAGUUAAUAAACGUAAAGAUAUUUUUAAUUAGACUAAAUUCUACGAGAUUACAGUUACGUUACAUAAGAAAUAUGUGCCAAUUGCGUAUAAAUUAUUAAAGUGUAAAAGCCUUUCCGUAUAUUCUUUUAUAACGCGUUCAAGUCUUUUCUAUUAGGUACUCAAGGACAAAUGAAAAAUCUGUAGUCUUUUAUUUCAUUCUUUAUGCUUACUUUAGGUUGUUCUUUUUAUUAAAAUCCAUACACAUUACAUCUAUGCUCUGUUUUUUCAAAAAUGUAAUAGUUUAGGUCACACUGAUCACAAGACGGCCAAUGGUGGCUGGCGUUAGAGUUUGAAAGUCUGUUGGUAGAUCACAACUAUUUUCAUUAUAAUUUAUUGGCAAACGAAAGUACAUAUAAAACGUAACAAUUACGAAUUCAAUACAAAAUACGUAAUGACAUUAUUCAAUGUACAAUUUGUAUAACAAAUUACUUUUUUAUUUAGAAACAUUAAUGAAUAUUUGUGAUUUAGAAAUGCAUAUUAUCUCACGUUUAAAUUGAACUUUGAAAUCCUGUAAUGAAGUUAUCGCUAUUUUUCAACAAGUAUAUUGAAGUAUAUUUUAAUAAGUAUAAUAUAAGUGCAAUUAGUAACUGUAAAAAUAUAAAUAAAUACAGUUUAUACAAUAGUAAUGUAAAUAUAAACAUUAAGUAUUUACGAUAAUAAUAUCAAAAUAACAGUAUAGGAACAGACUAUAUUUUCUGCUUCAAAAGUGUAACAUAUUUUUCGAACAUCAUUUCGUAAUUGUUUAAUAAAGGAAACAAAAAAAACUUGCCAAAUUCCGGAAAAGAAACUAAGUUACAGGGUGCCUAUUGCUUAUCAAUACAAAAAAAAACUGGUCAAAAUUCAAAACACGAUGUAUUAUUUACGUGACGUACCUGCGAUUAUUACCAAAUAAAUAUAUAUAUUCAUUGCAAUAAUGGUUGUGAUAAAACAUCAUAAAAGUUGUCACUUUUUAGCGAACCUUCUUGUUUCCGUAAAAGCAACGAAAUAGCGCGCUCCAAAAAGCUUAAUCACGAAUGUUAACACUAACGCUAGAAGUUAUUUGUAAUGUAUAAAAGAAAAAACUUCCAACAAUACAGCUAGCGAUUUGACAACUGCCAUAUUGUAAGGAUCUAGAAAUAACAAUGGCUUAGGUUAAAAAAAUAUUAGACAUAGAUAUAUUUUAAGUUUGAAGUCAUAAUAAUAGUAUUUAAUAGAUAAUAUUUGACACAACACAAUGAAUGUGUUACGUUUUUAAUAACAUUUAUUACUCUUUUUAAUUACAGGUGAUCUUUAUUUUUAUAUAAAUCAAUAAUUUUAUGCCAUAGCCAAGAUUUAAAUACAUACUUUUUGAAUUUGUAUGUACUUGUAAUGUCAGUGGAAAUCGUAGCUCCUUACUUACAUAUUUGCCUUGCGAAAUGUAUAACUUUUUGGAAAAGCUAAAUACUUUCUCUUAAAACUAUUUGUUUUACGGGUAGCGUCUGUUAAAACACUGCUAAAAAGAAAUGGUUUUUACAUAAAAGCUACGUCACCGAUUUAAACAAAAAAUAAUGUGAUGAAUGCGCUAUUCUGAUUUCUACAAUAAAGUUACUCUGGCAAGGCCUCGCAAAAUUUUCAUUAAAAGUUAAUAUCUUUUGCCGAUCUCAAUUAAUAUUCGAAGCUAUUAGAGUUACGUUUCAUAAAAACAUUAUGAAUAUUUUUUUCUCUUUACUUUAUUGUAUUUAUAUUAUAGAAUUUAGCUGAAUCUUUAUUAGUUAAAGACACAUUAUUUUUAUUAAGCUACUUGUAAAUAAUUUUACUUAUUAAUAAUUUAUUUAGCCAAAAUUUUGCUCAAUUUUUACUGCACUCAACACCAAAGUCAUAACAUAAUAUUAUACAAGAGAGUUAAAAUAUUAACAUAUCAGUACAAAUGGGCAUAAUUCACACGUAUUCUUCAUAUGAUCAAACGACCCAUAUCUAACGGUUAUUUUUAUUCGAUUGAGUUAAAGACGACAAUGGACCCACCAGGGGGACAUGUUGGUGGGAUCAGGGGUAAUAUUUUCUGUUCAAUUAAAAGAUAAACAAUAGAAAUGAAUUAGUUGAAGGAAAGUAUAAACUCAUUUUAAUUCCAAAAUCAUGAAAGUACAGUCGACAACACAUCAAGUUCCAACAAAGUAACAAAAUUUCUCAAUUAAACUGUAAAUCUUUAUUAUAUCAAGCUUGAUAAAUCUUAAAGUGUGUUUGGGAAAUAGGAUAGGUAGUUUUACCAACAUCGCCUGUUACGGACUGUACUUAGCUCAACGUGUUGGAUUUUUUAUUAUUUUGUCAAUAUGUAACAAGAAACAAGCUUAAGAAUUCUUAUUGUUCAAAAGUAGAUACGUUUGAAAUAAUAAAAUAUAUUCUUACAAUUAAAACAUUUUAAUAGUGCCCUUCGAUAAACCCCUCGUUCGACCAGUAAGCGUCACUCAAAUGUCCUCCUGAAGACAAAGAAGUGGUGGAGCCUUCUGACACAGGCCGCUAGUCGAGCUCUAAGUCUUAUUCGUUAAUCGAUUAUUUCUUUCAAUAUCAUAACUGAAUUAAUAUAUCAAGAGAUUGAUAACUGAAUAGCUAAUCUUAAGAGUUCGUUAAUUUUAAGACACAGUUCAUAAUUUAUUAGUAAAGCUGGUGGGAUGCCCGCUUAAUUUACGGCGCACGAACCUCGUCUUCGUACUUAGAUCUAUCGUUAAUAAUUAUAUAGUAUAUCGAUUCAAAAAAAUUCAUUUAACCAUCUCGUUAGAUAUAAAACUUAUCCUAUGCUAUUGUUAAAGUAUUCAAAGCCUGAAAUAAUUAAUUCCUAUUUGGAAUUAUGUCGACAAGAUAACGCAAAACUUUAGCCCACUUCUUAAGAAAUUAAAUGUGUAUGUAUGUAAAUUCUAUCUAUCUAAAUUCUUCUUAUUUUCUGUAAAUUAAAAAAAAACAUUUGUGUAAAUAUGUAAAUUUAUAAUAUCAAAGAUCUCCCUGGACUUAAUGAUUUUGUAUUACUUGCCAUACAAAAGUUGGCGUGAUUUCGGCAUUAUUGGAAUGCAUUUCACUCUAAACAUAAUCAUCAGUAAUAACAUUAUUCAUACCGUUGUAAGUCAGCAUUCUGAAUAAAUUCAUUUAAAUGUAACCAUAAAACAUAAAUAAGAUCCAAUUUAAAUUUUCAGUAUGUUUAGUAUGUUAAAUAAAUAAAUAAUUUUCGAAGUAAUUGUUAGUACCUAACUAGCAUAAUAUAUUUCCUCCAAAUAGGUUUACGGCACUAUUGUUUCUAAUUAACUAUAUAAAUUUACGAAUAAAUUAAUAUUUCUAUAUUUGGUUCAUAUUAUCAUUUGAAUUUUGUAUGUAAAUAUAAUGCAAUAGUUUAUUCUGUAACAUACUGAAUAGUAUGUGGGCAAUCACAAUUUAAUGAAAAUAUGUCUCCUGUUUUAGAUAAGUAUCUCCUUUUCAAUUGCGUCGUGGCGGAGCACAUUACCACACUUUCAUUGAACUAUCAAAGCAAAUCCUUGAUGAAGUAAAUUACAACGAAUUCUUUUUCUAAUCCUGUAUUUAAAACAAAACAUGUAGUGCUCCACCAUGUUGCGUAAACUGAAUGGAAUUUAUUAUUAAGUUUGUAUUACUUGUGUACUGUAAGUUAUUACGAAGCAUUGGUUUGUCACAUAUAAAUAAUAAUGUAUAGAUAUAUCUCUACAAUACUUACAUACAUAUACAGCAUUUUCUUAAAUCUAUUCACCGGUAGCCUUAAGAUACGGACAGCAAUACUAUAUUUUGUGUUCUGUGUCUUUGUGUCGCGGUUUGGAAAUAAUUUCAGUUGUAUAAAUGUAGUGUCAUAAGUCUUUUGUUGCCGAGAUGUCUCGACGCGUCAUCGUUAGUUACCAAUAGUUGUAAGGUUGCAAACAACAUUAUAAUCAAAUAAUGUUGGUUCGAGAUAAAUCUACUCGUCGUAUGUUCUGAUGCUUUAUUGUUUGGUUGUCAAUAUCACAGCAGUUUUUACCCAAGAGAGACUGUCAGCUCUACAAUUGUUUUUUCCUAUCCACUCAUGACGCACAUAUUUAUACUUAAAUAAAUGUUUCUGAUCUAUUAUUUUUAAUUACAAUACCGUUUUUCUUCUAUAAAAUAUUAAUGGUAGAAACUAGCUGGCAGUUAUUCUACUGUGAUAUUAAUAAUUCUAUUUAUUAUUAUUUUUAUUAGAUUAUUAUUUAUAUCUUUAAUGUUGAAUGUGAGCGAGUGUUAAUAUUUUACUGAUAUCACGUAAUUAGGCAAUGUUAUUUUAUAUUGUACCUAAUGCUAAAAAAGGUCCAGAAUGUGUUCCAAUCAAUUGAUUUUAUGAAGUAUAGAUAUUACAAUUAUAUUACCUAUUGAAAUGUUUAUGUUAAUGUGUUGAAAUAAAAAAAAGCAUGUUGGAGAAGUGAAAAUCGUAUAAAAAAGUUGUUAGUAUUGUACAAAACAAAAUAUACUUAUAAUUUUGAGCAUCACAAAUUCAACAGCCUCACAUGUGAUCGCACUUUGAGCUCUCUAUAAUAUCUAAUGCAUUUCAUAGCGAACGAACUAUGAAGUACUACUCAAUAAAUGUUAUAAUUGCAAUGAAUCUUUAUGAAAAUGAAAUGUUAUUAUUUUACUGUAAUGUACUGAUACUAGUACACUAUCUGCCUGAUGUAUUAUACCUCAAUAAGUUUAGUAUGGAUUUUGUGUGUCUUAAAAAAAUAUAUAUCGAUUAUUAGAACCCCUGUGGCAUUAUUUUUCAUUUCAUUCCUCUUCGAAGUUAUCAUAAUUUCUUUCUCACUACCUACCUUUACUCUGAAGGUAUGUAAAUCGUAAGUACCUAUCAAAACUAACCUCUGAUACCACUUAUCCCCAUAAUUAGUAAACUUGGAGCGGAACUAUUGAGAUUUUCAUGUCAUUAGUACCGUUAUGGUCAAAUAUUGGAUCAAAUAAAAGCAAAAUUUUAUCAAAAGAUAACCCUUAUCACAACGCGGGAUCCGGAUGAGGCAAGUGGAAUUAGAGCAAAAAUAUAAAAUACACAAUGAUAACUUUAAAGAACCUUUGAUUGUUAAGAGUGAUUCGUAUAGAUAAACAAUUUGCAUGUAACUUCUAAGAGAAUAAUAAAUAAAUAUCAAAGACAAACAUAAGUAAUGAAUAGAAACGAAAGUGUUUUAUGGAACAACUCUAGACCUAAAUUAAUUUAUUUCAAAAUGUGUUAUUUUACUCAUUAUAUAUUUACAAAUAUAAACAAUAGA